ACCAGCUCGUUUCAACUCAAUAAUGCAUUUCUCCCCUGUUUUGGCCUCUUUUUCUCCUCUCACUGAUAUCACUCCCCAAUUAUUAUCUUUGUCUCUGUCGACAAUUACCACUAGAAGAACCAUAUAAUCUAUGUGUGUGUAUAUAUAUAUAUGAGCAUGGACACAUUUCCAGAAUAUAUAGUUCUUAUCUUCAUUCUUUUCCGUUCUAUAAGAUGAGAAAGUUUCAAUCUUAUUCCAACACUAUCUUCUUCCUCAUUCUUCUACCUGUUUUAGUAUCUUCGACCUGCACAUGUACUCGAAAGCAAGACGAAGAUCGAAACCAAUCCAAGCAACUGAUCACAUACAAACUAGUUGCAAUCGUUUCAGUUCUGGUUUCUGGUGCCCUAGGAGUCUGCCUUCCAUUUUUAGUGAAGGUUAACAUACCAUUUCUCCAUCCUGAUAACGACUUCUAUCUUCUUAUCAAGGCCUUUGCAGCAGGAGUGAUUUUAGCGACUAGCUUUGUUCAUGUGCUUCCUGAUGCUCAGGAGAGUCUGACAAGCCCUUGCCUCAGUCAAAAGCCAUGGGGUAAGUUCCCGUUCACUGGUUUUGUUGCUAUGGUUUCGGCCAUUGGGACAUUGAUGAUGGAAGCUUUGGCUACUGGGUACAACAAGAGGUCUGCUCUUAGCAAACCUCAACCAAUAGAUGGUGAUGAAGAGACAAAUCAGGUUCAUGGUUCUGCAUUGGUGUUAGAACCAUCAAAUUCGUCGGACACGAUCCGAAAUCGUAUCAUAUCUCAGGUUUUGGAGUUGGGAAUUAUUGUCCAUUCGGUGAUUAUUGGGGUAUCCCUCGGUGCGUGUCAAAAGCUACACACAAUCAAGCCUUUGGUGGCAGCAUUGAGCUUCCAUCAAUUUUUUGAGGGCAUAGGACUUGGUGGAUGUAUCUAUCAGGCGAAGUUCAGCCAUAAGACAAUGGCAGUGAUGGUGGGAUUCUUUUCACUGACGAGCCCAUGUGGAAUAGGUGUGGGCAUAGCGAUCUCCAACAGCUACAAUGAGAAUAGCCCCACUUCACUAGUUGUUGAAGGACUGCUCUUAUCAGCAUCUGCAGGGAUUCUCAUUUACAUGGCACUCGUUGAUCUUCUUGCUGCAGAUUUCAUAAACAAUGCCAAAAUGCUAACCAAUCCCAAGCUCCAACUUGGGGCCAAUUUUACUCUUCUUCUUGGAGCAGGGUUUAUGUCACUCUUGGCCAAAUUAGGAGAUGAAUCCUAAGUUAGUGAGUAUUGUACAAUGACAUGAUUUGAAUGGAUGAAUCAUCACUUCACUUGUUCAACGAAAUACAUGGACCAUUUUCAAAGAGCUUCAGAGACAAACAUUAUCCCUCUAUCAUCAUCUUAGUAUUGAUUUAAAGGUUUUUCAAAGAGUUUCAUCUUAGUAUUGUUUAAUGAAACAUCUUGAUUGGAUACCGUAUAUGCC